GCUUUCAAGCUGCUGGUAAUAACACUGUAACACAGAGAACAACUGCUGUUCUUAAGAAUAAGAAUCAAUUUCCCACAGUAACAGCUGCACAAGCUGUCACAAUUAUUACUCCGCUUUUCUAUGGAGGUUCCUCACAAGUCAAAUGUGUCUCUUCUAAAGAUUUCAGAAAGAUCAAACAUUUUUAUAGAUUUUUAAGACUUUAAUUUAAACGGAAGUGUCAUUAAGAUUGGAGUUUUCAACAUUUUAAUAGCUGCCAACAAUCAAUAAUGGAAAACCAAGUCAACAAGCUUCCAGUCUAAUUCUGAAACAUAAAAGGAUAUAUGCAAAAGAAAAAGAUCUGGCGGCACCUACAGGGGUCAAUCACCCCAAUUCAAACAAACUUGGAAGAGCACCUUAUAAUGAUUUUACAGACCAAGUUUCAUGAAGAUCUGUCCAGCAGUUCAUUGGAAGAAGUUGCUUAAAGAUGCAACCAUAAACAACUGACACACAUGUGAAAGCAGACAGCAUAGAAACUAUGACCACAGAUAGUUUUGAACUUCUUCCAGACAGUUGCCAGCCCCCAGACAGAAAAUGUUGUGACCACUUACACAAAGUCUUAACAAUUCAUCCAUUUUUGUAUGGUUUUGUUUUCAUCAGUAUUCUGGUACUUGACAUUGCGGAAGUCAUCAAUGACUGUUUUCUCUUCAAAGACGUGUCAUAUUUGGAGGAGGGACUUGUCUAUGGACCACUGAGCCCAACUCUUGUUAUGAUAUUGCUCUUAGCAACUGCAGUUGGAUCACUGGCUAUUGUGUUUGAAAUUCUGAAUAUUACUCGUGACAUAUGCAGCGGAAAACCUUGGGUUGACCUUGACCUAGAUUCUGCUUUGGUUGUUUGGCUUAAUGAGAUACCGAUACUCUCAGUGAAUUUUGCAAUAAGUCUUUGUCACAGUGAGCCUGUGAGUUAUUUCCAACUAACAAAAUGUCUAAUAGUAAUAUUAUCUGUUUUCUUGCGUAUUGUUGUUCCACUUAUUCGUCUAUAUUUAGCCCAAGAUGAAGAUUCAUCAAGAAAACCAUUUCGCAAAUCUAUUUAUAAAUUUGUGACAAAUAUCGGUUUAUGUCUUGCACUGUGUGGUUCUGUAACAAUAUUCAUAUUUACUCAUGUUAUUGCAUUGGGUGAGAAACAAUUUAAGUUCCGAAUGCCACAUGAAAUCUGGGCAGGAAAAUCUGUUUUUGACGAGUACUUUUCUGAUGUUGGGAUAUAUUUACACCACAGAAACUUGAAAUCGUUUAAGAAUGAUGAAAUUUGGCUCAAGCUAGCAGAUAUUGAUGAGUUUUACACAAUAGAUAGUAUGAAUGUCAAGGUAACCUACACAAUUUCUUAUGAAAACAAAAUCGAAAAGCUGGUAAUGAAUAGCUACAAUUCAUCUAAGGAACGAUUUCGUGAAUGCUAUAAUCUUGCUGAAUCAGAAAAUGGAACUCUAAAUUAUUUGUAUAUUGGUAACUGUAGUUUUACUUAUAUUACCUCAGAAGAAAACUCAGAGAAACUUAUAUUUAAAUUUGUUUUUCAUCGCCCUCAAAUGCAUCUUUUACUUGGAGACAUUUCUUAUAAGGUGAAAUACUUAAAGAAUUUUGUGUGUUACAAUGUUGCUGGAAAUGAUACAUUUUUGUAUGACAAUAUUGGUAGCAAGCCCACAGUGCUUGGCCAAUUACUCUACAUGAAGCAGGAAACCAGACUGCAUGCAAGCCAUAGACUGGUUCACAAAAAUAUGUCAUCAAACCAGUCUACAAGCAGCCUUCUUUAUGAAGCAGAUCAUUACAUGAAAACAGCAGAUGAAAUCUGGAAAACAGGAAUGUAUGGCUGCGAAUGCACAGGAAAACAUGGACCAACAAUGGAUGAAAACAUAACAGUGAUGUGUUAAUAACCAAACAAAACUAGAUUGUAUUCAUGUAACUUGCCUGACUGAAAUAUUGGAAAGGAUUUGUUAAAUCCAGAGAAGAAAUGAAUCUAAGAGCAGACAACCCAAAGCACACUAAGUCUUGUCAAAAGCAACCAUAACAAUCAAUCUUUGAGCAAACACAGUAUGCACAUCUUUAUAUCAAACUGAAUACACAACAAUCCUCAAAAAAUACUUUCUAUUCAAUUUUGUUCAGGUGGACAAGAAAAAUGAAGCAAACAGAGAAUUUUGUCAACAUUCUGUACAAGCUGAGGAUCAGAUCAUUUCAAAACAUAUUAUGCAGGACUAUCUGAGCUGUAGAGCUGCGAGAUGGACCAAUCUAGUAUAGAAUGACUGGUCAGUUAAGUAAGACAGUACUUUUCUAAGAAUAUAUCUUUGCUAUUUCAAAGCAGAAUAUUAAAGACAUUAUUUUCUGUUAAGCCUAUGACUUUGCACAUGUAUACAAAUAGCAUGUCUAUCAAGCAUCAUGAGAGAGGGACUGCAUUUUAAAGUAACAAGAAGGCCAUGAUGGCCCUAGAUCACUCACCUGAGUUUUACAGCUCAAACAUGUUUCUUUAGGGCUAUGGUGAUGAUUCAACAAUUUUAGGGUCAGCAAAGGAAAUAUUGUGUGAAAUUACUCUAAAAUUGAACCGUUUCAAACAAGAAAACAGUCCUGCAGAUAGUGGCCAUAAUUUUUAGCAAAUUAGACAGUCAUCCUUGCUUGAACUUCACGAAAGGAACAUUAAAAUAUAUUAUAUAAAAAAUUUGACUGCAAUGUUGGCAUGCUAUAUAUCCUGAGAAUUUAAUUAUAAGUCCUAUUUUCGGAAAAAAGUUUUUAAAUAAUUUUAAAUUGCCCAGUCAACUAAAAGAAUACAUUUACAUGUGAAUAACAUAUCUUAUUAACUGUACUGUUGUUUUUCAAGAUGUUCUAUCCUGUUAAUGUAUUGAUAUAUAUAUAUAUAUAUUAAUAUCUGAUAUAUGACAUCCAAGAACUACCUAAUUUCUCAUAUCCUUUUUCAUUUUAUUUUUUUUUCUUUAAAUAUCUUGAUUGUUAUCCCCUCUUCUUUUGAUAACUGUAUACAACUGUUCAAUCUUUUAUGACACUAUAUUCAAUGUACAUUUUCUUGGUAACUAAUUAACUCUGCAGAAAAUUGAUUUCUUAUCUGCACUGUAGGAACCUAUCUGUAGGUAAACAUGAUUUUGCACUAGAAUUCAACUGUUAUUUUGUCGUGAUAAUUGAAACUAUCUGGAAGUUUAAAAAAACAUUAUAUGAAAACUGUUAUGUUUUGAUACUGUGAUAUUAUUUUUGUUUGUGUAGGAUGAAUUUUUGCAAAUUUCACACUAGGAACGAUGCGCGAAUUUAAGACCGCACUAUCAUUUAUUCUUUAAGAACAUAAAUAGUUAUCCCAGUUUGUUUCCUGACAGAAAUAAAUGUAUGUUUUAAG